AUGGGCAAGCCCGAAACCAGCUACAAGAAGAAGGAAGUCAAAAGGUCGCCUGUCGGCGUCGCCGCCGUGGUCCUUCUCGUUUUCGUCGUCAUCGCGCCAUUGAUCAUCGAACAGUUAAAACUGCUUCCUCAGCUGUGGAACUUCAUUCUAGGCCUGCUGGCGAAAGUCGGCCUGGUAUCGAGGUAA